AUGCGUCUUCGUGCCCAGGUUCGUUUUCAGUUAGCUUGACUAGGACUUUCCGGCGAGAAUGGCAAGAGGGAGAGAGAGAGGGGGGAAAAAAAGAGAAAAUAGGGAGAAGCCGAUGCGCACCUAGCCCAUACUUUACUGACCAUAAAGACCUAACUAGCAAGAAGUUCCAACAAUUUUGACAUGAAAGGGUGUCAUCGGAUAGGAUAGCUCAGUUCUCUCCCGUGCUGAGGGUCAGUCUGCAAUUGCUCUUCUCAUGCGACCUUUAUGUCAACCUUCUUCUGAAGUCCGAUUCAUGCGCUGCAGGGACCAGGAGGCGUGUGACACGCACAUACGGGGGAUUCUCCGUGUCAACACCUGUGCCCUCACAAUCCCCCCAGUCGCCUGGCAUUGUCUGGCCAUUAGAAUAGAAUGGAUGCGGAAAAAUGAGUGAGUUAGACACAUUGAAAAUCCCCUCCGUUAUACCUCACUACAGGCGCAAUGCAAUGCUUUCUCACCACGCAAUGGUAGUCCUCAGUGAUUCCGAUGAACGAACUACCAGUUAUUGUCUAAAUCGAUUACUUGGAUGGCGCUUCUCGCCUGGUAAUUACUGCCCCCUGUUCAACGCACCAAAGAAUAGGUUUGGCAAGGUCCAGUCUGACCCAUAAGCAUAAUUAUGUGCCCUUAAUAUGAGAUGUCCUUCCUCUCAGACUUUCAGACAGGAGGGAGUGUUCGUACCAAACCCUUAAGGUUUGACCAUUAGGAAUAAGUUGCGAUAAAGCAUUUCGGAGUUUCUAACGAAGACCAAAAUUGAGCACUCAUGGUCUUAUUAAACCCUGAUCGCCCUAUUAGGCAUUUUAAACUUUUCAUAAUACGCAUAUGCGCUGUUUGAAGUAGGUUGCAUCCAAGUGCAUUAAAUACUUUUUCAAGAAUGUUUUACAAGUCAGUUUGGCUCAGUAAAGUUGAUCAUUCAGGCAUCAGUAGUGACUGGACUGCAAUACUAGUUGUCCACUCUCUAAGUUACAAUUAUGGCUUUUCGAUUAAUUAUUGUAAAUGCUUAGUGGGUUUUUUCAUAUUCCUAGACUAAAACCACACGGAUAUUAUUUUACCCUUAUUUAUCCACCAUUUGCUGUGGAGUCUUCAUAUACACGCCUUCAAAGACCCCAAAUGUCAUCAGCAUCCCUUACGCCUUGUGCUUGCUAGCUCUUUUAAUUAAAUUGCACCCCUUGACUAACGAUUUCUCGUUUCAUUCAACGAUUUUUUCGUUUUCUUGCGCGUUUUCGAGAAGGCAGACUAGGAUGCCAGAUCCCCCUUUAAGAAGAGUUUUCUCCACAGGGUCAUAAAUGCCUGUCUCGCAGAAGUUUGAGCAUCGCUGGCUGCUGAUUUCUGGUAAGUCAGAAAAUUAUCGGGCCAGCGGCCCCUGUCUCUGUUGGUAAUCGUCGUCGGUUAACGAUUUCUGGUCGUUGUGCGACCGCUUACGUGAGCUCUAGACCUGCAGACCCGAGACACGACGGAAAUGCCAAAAUGUGCAUUCUGCAUACAGGGAAGAUCAGUGCAUCUCACUCCUAUAUGGAAAUUCUUAGAUAUUUUGAACCGGCAACGGGUUUUUGCACUCGCCUGAGACCUUCUGAAUACAUGACAGAUAGUUUCUUUGGAAGCAGUCUAAAAUUUCGGUUCUUUUUCAUAGAAGCCAUUCUCUUCUCAUUCAUAAAGUGUUGAAAUAAAUCAGCAUCACACUGUGCCCUUUUCAAGUGGCUUUCGGAAAUCUGCGGAUGUUAGACUACGAGAGUAAUCAUGCAAGCCUCUCGAAAAUCCUCCGAAUAAAAAUGGACAUUGCAUACGUGCUUCCUGACAAAUCUGAUUAAUUUUGCAGAACAUGAGGCAUAUAUGAUGUGAACUGAAUGAGCUACCCGUACCUGUUGUCGUCCCUGUGGGCGGGUUCGGACAGGAGUCCAAAACUUUGGGCGAAUAAAAAUAACUAUUACCUAACUAUUACCUUAGUUACUUACUGUUACCUUAAUCCAACGAAGGAGGACCAUUCGAGGCAUUAAACGAUAUGGUAAUAGCGGGUUUUCCAAAAUACCUGCUUAUUUAAGCUGAAGGAAAUAAUUCCAGGUGCAUACAAGGAUGUCGAAUAACGACUGGCUGUUCAGGGCAGCAGGCACCACAUACAUUGCGUGACCGAUCUCAUGAAAUGUUGGCCAAAAUUCUGGAAUGCGUCUCCAGUAUGGAAGGAUUACUAAAGCGGAAUUGUUAUACUGAUUAUCAUGCAGCAUAACCCUAUAACAUUUCGGGAUCGACAGGAUGUCGGCUUUUGAUUGCACUUCUUCUUGACCUCCUGUAGAAACAAAACUCGGUAAAAAAUGACUGCUUAAUUAGCAUGCAUUUUUCCUAUCGAUUUUCGGUGGUCUUAUAAAUUCAAAUAUAUUUUAUAGAAAUCGUGCACAAAAAUAAGCUUCCUUCUAUUAAUUUGGCAGAAAAUAACGUUGUCUUUGCAUUUUAUGCCCGAAGAAAGUGUAUAUCUAGGUUUCAAAAAAGUUUCUUGAUUCCCGAAUCAUUUUCAGCCUGAUCUGCCAGUGCAUCAGCGUUUAGCUAUUUCAGCCUACAAGGUGCAUGCUUUCCGCAUAAGGAAAACUAUAUAUUCGUCCGUGCCUUUAAGAAGAUAUCACAUAGAGUUCAUGAAAUUUUGCAAUGGAUCCGGACUGUACUGUACAUUCGUGAGGAGCAUUAGUAAACGUACAAGUGCGGUCCUGCAUGCAUGGAUAUCGCGCGGUAUUAAAAAUCUCAUAAUUAGAAACUUGUUUAAAACCUAGAUAUACACUUUCUUCGGGCAUAAAAUGCAAAGACAACGUUAUUUUCUGCCAAAUUAAUAGAAGGAAGCUUAUUUUUGUGCACGAUUUCUAUAAAAUAUAUUUGAAUUUAUAAGACCACCGAAAAUCGAUAGGAAAAAUGCAUGCUAAUUAAGCAGUCAUUUUUUACCGAGUUUUGUUUCUACAGGAGGUCAAGAAGAAGUGCAAUCAAAAGCCGACAUCCUGUCGAUCCCGAAAUGUUAUAGGGUUAUGCUGCAUGAUAAUCAGUAUAACAAUUCCGCUUUAGUAAUCCUUCCAUACUGGAGACGCAUUCCAGAAUUUUGGCCAACAUUUCAUGAGAUCGGUCACGCACUGUACAGUUCGAUGCGUCCUAGAAAUGAAAACAAAAGCGUGAAGGCUGGCAAAAUAGGAAUUUGCACCUGUGUGCCAUUAUUCUUUGUCUAUAAAACAAUCGGCAAAAUGUAGGCAACAGACGCAAGAUAUUAUGUAGCCUUAAUUGUCCUGAAAGCACCGCAUGGCCGUUACGCUUUUUCGACUUAUUAUUACGCAGCGGUCAGGAAAUGUUUCUGCUCAAAAGUUGAUUAUUAGCAGGACUACAGCCUUGGCAAGAACAUACCUAAUCAAACUUUCAUUCAUAUUUCGAAAUUUCAGUAGUUCUGAAAAUUCUUAGGCAGUUAGGGUGGUAAAGAAAGCUUGAUUUAAAUGCUCAAUAAUCCACAUUACCCGAGUACAGGCCGCAGGCGCACCAAUAAGUGAGAUGGUGGUGACACAGUCUUAUGGCCAAAAACUGUCUCCGAAAUUCCGUGGAAGAUGCCAUGUUUUACUGUGGCUGCAUGACAGUGCACGGCAGGACAGUUAAUAAGCAGAGAGAAACCAUUAGUCGUGCAUUGUGAAUUCAGGCACAAGGGUGGAAAAACUGAAAAUGAACACGUGGGACCGUAGGCACUAUCUCCAGCUUACCCAACAGGGGACUGGGUAGAACCCCAGCUCAUUAGCCUUCUCCAUUAUCCUACGUAGCGAUAAGGGCAACUCAGUCAGAAGCCAGUCAACUAAGGGUAUCGCAGAUCUUCCGAUCACCAACAGGUCCGGUCGGUCUCUGGGGUCUAUAAACAGCUCGUCAAAGGUCUAGAAUGGUUGAGAAAUGCAACACCAGUCAACAUCGGAUAGGCAGCGUUUACAGGAUCUGUUUCUGGCCCCUCCCGACUAGAGUCAACGACGGCGACGAUGAAAAUAAAGGCAAAUAUAUACAAAACUUUUACAUUUUGGAGAAAACUCGCUGGAGGGAAGCGACAGAGGAGAGAGCAUCUCAGAGAUUUGUAAAUUCAUAAAACCCUAAUCAGAGAUUAAUUAUUCGCUUCUGCGUUCUCGGUGUUUCUUUACAUUCUACGAAGUUUUUCCCUUCCGUAAUAAUCGUACCUAGGGUUUCGCCAGCAGUUUAGUCAGACUGAGAUAGACUCCUUGACUGGUCUUCACAGUUCAUGCCUGAUUCCAUGGGUGGUUGAGCCAGUCAUGUCUAUCAACGUUAUCGGGUUCGAACAUUUUUUUCGAGCGGGACCGUGGUAGGAGUUAGUUGUUUUACUCGUUUAUUAUGUGGCUGAUUGGAUGGCUACGAAGUAAACAGCGAGAAACUGAAGGUAACUCUUCAAAAAGUUCCUUCAAUAUGCUGUUCAUUUGCCCCAAGUGCUUAUAGUAAUAAGGCUAGCCAGUUAUUUCGGUGAACUCUGUCGUAGAAACGUUUAGUACUCGGGAUUUUUUGGGCUACAACUGCGCUUGACAGAGAACGUUUUAGACGGUGUAUUGGGAAGAUUCCGUGUUCUUGACCGGCUGGCUAUUACGACCCAUUGCGUUUGCUGUUGGGCAUUCAACUCGAAGGGGUACUGUCUGAAAUGCUGCAAAUACAUCUUCUAAAGCACCACUACUUUCAUGUUUAAAGUACUCGUUUUAGUACAAUUGCCAAAGGUCAUAGUGCCAUAAAAAUAAGGAAUCGGGUGACCACUUUUGCUCAUAAAAUAGUCAUGAAGUGCAGUCAUACUGAACCAAGACAUUGAGCAGAAAUUUAACUUUUCGCUUCACUGUCGUCGAAUUGGUGUGAAAUGAUCAUUCGAGGCUUUUUACUGCUUAAAUCCGUGAAACUUCCGCCAAAACUCAGAAAAUUACAAUUGACUGCCAAAACAUUGAGGGUUUGAAGUCGUUUGGAUAACAUUAAUUUGACGUCUACAUCGGUAACGAAUACGACGUCAAAUUACUGGACGUCAUGUAAUUCCGCAUCCGGUUCUAUGCUGUUCAAAGCGGCACACAUUUACGACCUGUGUUUUGUGUUUAUCUUUCCCGGAGCAUUGCAACAAUUAUUGGAACUAUAGACAGCUCAGCAUUUUAUUGAUAACCCCGAUAAUGUCGUGGUUGGCCUUCCACCAGUAUCCCAAACACCACGUCGUCAACCGCGACGAAGACAGGUCUCAAACUGGGGAUUCGGACAGCAACUUCAUUAACAGUAGAUAAAGUUGCCACUUCCUCAUUAUCAGAUGGCAAACUCGAACCCCAGUUUGUCCUUUCAGGCCAACAGGUAUACUCGACUAAAAGUCGUGUAUUCUUCUUCGCUGUUAUUUCUCUUUCCUUUUAUUUAUUCUUCUUCUGCUACUUGUAACGCCUCUUCUUAUAUAUUAAUUAAUCAACCUCCAGAAGCAAAAAAGUAUGUUUGCUCGGACUCAGUAUCCUGCUGACAAUACCAUGCUGCCAUCAACCGGCUUGACUCGGCGAUAUGGGAAGAACAUUCGAGACCUAUAUCAAGUCUCACGAAUGACGAGAAAACGCACGUUUAAGAAGCGUCUUCUCGAAGGUUUUCCAUCGUUUUCAUGAAAGUUGAGAAUUUUUUUAUAUUUACCUACUGAUGCUUCCUAAGUCCAUUUAAUUCCCUAUUCGCACGCCUCCCCCACGUCUCCUAAAGAGCAAUUAUGCGGUCUAACAUCCAUUUUCCGGUUUGUCGGUUUUGGGAUGUCACCUCAAGGACGUGAUAUGCUAUGUUUACUGAAAAGACCCCUUUUCCGCACUCUCAGGCGAUGAGGUGAUUAAGCUAACCUUUUCUGAGGCGCCCUCGGGAGACGAGGUGAAGUCAGCAUUUUUGUGGCGCAGAUAAUGCGCGCGCUUCUUGAAAGCCUUCGGGCGUCUGUCCCGGUGCAGUGACGUUUAAACAGACUGUUGAUGCAUCAGCGUCCUGCCAAACUUCUCCUCUUUUCUUGCGUCGACUGCUGAAAGUGAUGGCACGCGAAAUGAGGCUGUAAGUGCAGAGAGUCUAGGAGGCCAGACAAAUGGCGUGGGGAGAAUUACUGUUGGGCGAUGGCGUGUGGUCAGUCAAAAAGGUUGAGAACAUCAUUAAUGGCGUCCUGGCAUCCACGGUCUAAUCCCCCCAUCUAAUGUUCUGCUGACUGGCCGGAUAGACAAAAGCCAUCGUCCUCGAGUCCAUUUGAUUCCAAAGUCGGUGAGAGGUCACUGACAAGAAGCUGGAGACAGAAAGAUUAUUCGUCCACUACUACUACUACUACUACUACUACUACUACUACUACUACUACUACUACUACUACUACUACUACUACUACUACUACUACUACUACUACUACUACUACUACUACUACUACUACUACUACUACUACUACUACCUCUACUACCUCUACUACUACUACUACUACUACUACUACUACUACUACUACUACUACUACUACUGA